GGUCCCGCCCCGCCACGGGCCCCGCCUAUGCGCCCCCGCCCCGAUCCCGCCCUCAGGCCUCGCGCCGGUAGGGCCAGCUCCGCCCGAAGGCCCCACCCUCGGGCCUCGUCGCGCCUAAGGCUCCCUCGCUAGCGCCAUCUUUGAUAGGGGCAGCCGGACCUGGCGCCCGGAGAUGCCGAAGUCGUGCGCGGCCCGGCAGUGUUGCAACCGCUACAGCAGCCGCAGGAAGCAGCUCACCUUCCACCGGUUCCCUUUCAGCCGCCCUGAGCUGCUGAAGGAGUGGGUGCUGAACAUUGGCCGGGGCAACUUCAAGCCCAAGCAGCACACGGUUAUCUGCUCUGAGCACUUCCGCCCCGAGUGCUUCAGCGCCUUCGGAAAUCGCAAGAACCUGAAGCACAACGCGGUGCCCACCGUAUUUGCCUUCCGCGGCCCCACGCAGCUGGUGAGGGAGCACACAGGCCCUGCUGGCGAUGGGAACAGUGCCGACUCUGGGAAGCAAGCGGUCCUCCGUGAGGUGGGGUCUGGGGAGCACGGCCCAGCAAGCACUAUGGACACUGCCCUUGAACUGCUGAAGCUGCCCCCAAACGCUGGAGACCCUGUAGAACAGGUCCUGCCACACAGACUGGAGAGAACAGCGUCCCCUGGUCAGCCAGCCAGCCUCGCUGGGCCCAGGCCCCUCUCCACACAGCCAUCCGAUCACAGCUAUGCCCUUCUGGACUUAGAUGCCCUAAAAAAAAAACUCUUCCUGACUCUGAAGGAAAACGAAAAGCUCCGAAGGCGCCUGAAGGCCCAGCGGCUGGUGAUACGGAGGAUGUCCCACCGCCUCCGUGCUCACCAAGCCGGGCAGCCGGGACUCCAGGCCAGGCCGCAGCCGGAGCCCCGGAGCUGAGCCGGACACCUGGGCUUCUCAGAGCCUGUGGAAGGGGGUGGCAGCUUUGGGGUUUGGGCUCGGGACCUCUCACAGUCCUGCCACUGCCACUCAAGCGGCAAGUGGGCCACGCCAGGACGUCCUGGCAGGAGCCGAACGCGCCUCAGGUGAAGUUUAGCACCUUGGGCUGGGAAGGGGCAGGGCUGGGAGGACAGACCCGGUCCUCCUGGGGGUGACAGCCGCGGCUGUUUGCAGCACAAGCUGGGCGAUUUCCUCACAUCCACAGCACAAGCUGCCGCCCUGGGCCAGCGUGGCCGACAGUCCCCGACGGGGAGGAAGCGCACUGCUUUGAGGGGCGGCCAGGUCCAGGGAAGGGCUUGGUGUGUGGGGUCACUCCCACCCUGGACACUGACUGGACGGGGGUGGUUGGCCUCAAGCGGGCUGCACGGCCCCCUGCACUGCCUGGACAGCAGUCUGAGCGGCUGAGAGUGGCCCCUCCUGUCCUAGAGUGCCUCCUUUCCUGGGCUGGUUUGAACAAUAUAAUAAAGUGUCUUCCUACAC